GAAUUAUCAUGAACUACAAAAAAUCUUGAUAAGAAAAGUUGAAAUUUUUCCAGAUCUAAAUGUUUUUACUUCACUUCAAAAUGUGUUCUUUUUUUGAUUUCAACUCAAAAACUUUGUAGAUCAUCUGCAACGCUGAGAUAUGUUUUCUGGUCGCUGAAGCUUUCCAAGUAACAUCCACGCGCAUUUUUAUAUACUCCGUUUUGCUUUAGAGCUUUCUCCAUGAAUUACGAACGCAGUCGACUGAGAACAUUUGAAAAUUGGCCUGCAAAUGCACCCGUUGAUGGCGAGUGCAUCGCUAAAGCAGGAUUCUAUUAUAUGGGUCAAAAUCUAGAAGUACAAUGCUUUUCAUGCGGCGGUAGAAUAUCCGAGUGGCAACAUGGAGAUAAAGUAAUGGCUAAGCAUCGCCUUCUAGAUCCACGAUGUCCUUUCGUCGUCAACUCUUCUGAUUCCGGUAAUGUACCUAUUUCGGAUGGUAACGACACAGCUCAAGGCACCAGUAAUGGAACCGUUGAAGAUGGUAGCAGAUAUAAAAACGAAGAAGCUAGAUUGCAAAGCUUCAUGGCUUGGCCAAUCCCUUCUGGAAUCGAUGGACAUAGACUGGCUAAAGCUGGGUUUUACUGGCUACAGGAGUUGAGAAAAGUUCGAUGUGCUUUUUGCGGUCUUGAUAAUCCACAUUGGGAUAGUUCUGUUGAUCCAAUCAUCGAGCACCGUCGUCAUUCUCCAAAUUGUUCGUUCUUGAAUAACUUGAGCGUGGGGUGCAGCUCGCAUAAUUCUAACGAUGUUAUCGUCUUGAGAGAAAAUUAUCUGGAAUCGGAACGUGAAUUGGACGCAAAUCAGAUGAAAGAUUUUGGCAUAUUGAAUCAUCGUAUACCUAAGCAUUCGAAAUAUAUGACUGAAGAAUCCCGUGUUGCCUCUUUCGAAACAUGGCCAGUGUCAGAGAUUAAAGCACCUAUAGAUCUCGCCAAAGCUGGAUUUUAUUACACCGGAGUCGAAGAUAAAGUACGAUGUUAUCAUUGCGGCGGUGGUCUUCAGAAAUGGAAAAUUACCGAUGACCCGUGGAUCGAACAUGCGAAAUGGUUUUCUACUUGUGACUACAUUUACCUCGUCAAAGGAAAAGAAUUCGUGGACGAAGUUAAACAAACGUUAGCUGCAAAAAAAGAAGCGCUCGAUGAGGAUGGUAAUUCGGCUAAUACAAGACAAAGUACUAGUCAACAAGCAAACAGGAAUAUAUCGUUACAAAACAUCGACGAUAAUACCAUGCAAAUAUUGAUGAGUUCUCCUCCAGUUCUGGCCGUUUUAGAGCUCGGUUUGGACAUGUCUAGAAUAAAACAAGUGGUAAGAGACCGCCUAGAACGCCACCGUACACCGUUCGGUAACGUUGACGAACUACUCGCUGCUGUUUUAGAUGCUCAAUUCAACGAACCGGUGGCCGAUUUGACCGAAGAAUCAUGGAUCAGCGAUCCUAUUGCCAGUGUCAGUGACUUCAACAGGUUACCGGUUUUUGAAAAUAAUUUUGCUGAACAAGGUUCAUCUCGAUAUAUUCAUCAAUUGAUUGAACGAAGCCUACAGAACGCCCAUAAUAACGCAGAAUCGUUGAUUGAUGAAAGUGUCAUCAACUACGCAAAUAAUUCGAUUGAAACAGAUACCGUACUUGCAACUGAUGAAGAAAGAGCUUCAUCGAAUUCAGAAACCGAAGACUCUGAUAUUAAUAUGGAUAGUAUGGAAAAUCCUGCUUCAAAUUUUGACCCUCCUUCAGAACCUGCCGUUGACCCUCAAACUCUGGAAGAAGAAAAUCGUUUGCUUAAACAAGCAAAACUGUGUAAAAUUUGCAUGGAUCGAGACGUGAAUAUUGUAUUUCUACCCUGCGGUCAUCUAAUCAGCUGUUCCGCUUGCGCAGCCAAUUUACCAGAUUGUCCGGUAUGUCGACAAAUAAUCAAAGGAACAGUACGAACAUUUUUAGCAUGAAAAGAUUCCGUUGUUUACCCGCUUUUUACUAAAUUAGGUGCAAUGAAUUUAUGCAGAUAGCACUCGUUCGCAAUUCUACACUAAUUCAAAUCACAAUUACGUAUGUACAGUCACCGCAACCACCUCAGAUGUCUAACUUUUCGUGGCCAAGUAAUUUUGGGUGAAAAUUAAUCAAAUUUUGCUCCCCAAAUUUUGUUUUUAAAAGUUGCGGUGACUAUAAAAUUUGAGAAUACGAGUAAAGGCUAUAAAAGCUUUUGCUGUUACUAUCCCAGUGUGGUCGUUCAUCGUCUAGUUCCAGAGGCUUUGUUAUUCAUAUCACCCAAGGAGAUCAAUACUUGAUUGAAAUUCCUAUUCAUAAUUAAUUACAAGUGUUAUGCAGAAAAUAUUUUUUUUUGUAAUUUUGUUGUUGAAUAAAAAAAUACUUGAUGUAUGAAA